AUGGCGCAACCUCAACAGAUAGUCAAUAGCUUCCAACAGGCUUUAAACAUUUCCGGAUCACCCAAUGCAGUGUCCACAUCCCCAACUCAAACUUUGAAUUUGAGUCAAUACUUCCCACAAAAGGCCACAAAGGCCUUGAAGCCAUUCUCGACCGAAGACAUCAAGAUACUAUUGUUGGAAAAUGUCAAUCAAACAGCAAUAAAUAUCUUCAAAGGCCAAGGUUACCAAGUGGAAUUUUACAAGUCGUCGUUACCGGAAGAGGAAUUGAUUGAGAAAAUCCAAGAUGUGCAUGCGAUUGGAAUCAGAUCCAAGACCAAGUUAUCGGAAAAGAUUUUGAAGCAUGCUAAACAUUUGGUUGUCAUUGGAUGCUUUUGCAUUGGUACCAAUCAAGUCGACUUGGAUUUCGCAGCCAAGUGCGGUAUUGCCGUUUUCAACUCGCCCUUUUCCAACUCGAGAUCAGUUGCCGAGUUGGUCAUUGCCGAAAUCAUCACUUUGGCAAGACAAUUGGGGGACAGAUCCAUUGAGAUGCAUACUGGUACUUGGAACAAGGUCAGUUCCAAAUGUUGGGAAAUCCGAGGCAAGACUUUGGGAAUUAUCGGCUACGGCCACAUUGGCUCUCAACUAAGUGUUCUUGCCGAGGCAAUGGGUAUGAAUGUUAUUUACUACGACAUCAACACCAUUAUGGCCUUGGGUAACUCUAAGCAAGUUGACACGUUGAACGAGCUUCUCAACAGAGCCGAUUUUGUCACCUUGCACGUUCCCGCAACCGCCGACACCAAGAACUUGUUGAGCGCACCGCAAUUUGCAGCAAUGAAGGAUGGUGCUUAUGUCAUCAACGCCUCGAGAGGAACCGUGGUUGACAUUCCGGCUCUAGUCCAAGCCAUGAAAGCGGGCAAGAUUGCCGGCGCUGCCUUGGAUGUUUACCCACACGAGCCUGCCAAGAACGGAGAAGGCUUAUUUGGAGACGAAUUGAACGACUGGGCAAGCGAAUUGACCUCGCUUCGAAACGUCAUCUUGACGCCUCACAUUGGCGGAUCAACCGAAGAGGCGCAGUCUGCCAUUGGUGUUGAAGUUGCCAACGCCUUGACCAAGUACGUCAACGAAGGUACUUCAAUCGGCGCCGUCAACUUCCCCGAGGUCUCCUUGAGACCUUUGGAUUUGGACCAACAAAAUGUCGUGAGAGUCUUGUAUAUCCACCACAAUGUCCCUGGUGUGUUGAAAACCGUCAACAAUAUCUUGUCCAACCACAAUAUCGAAAAACAGUUUAGUGAUUCCCAAGGAGAUAUUGCUUACUUGAUGGCUGAUAUUUCCGAUGUAGAUAACAGCGACAUCAAGUCGCUAUAUGAACAAUUGGAACAAACACCAUACAAGAUUGCCACUCGUUUGCUAUACUAA